UAAUGUCUUGGAUGCAGAUUUUUCCUCACAAAUGGUUGGCCGCAAACCUUUUUCAACUUACUUCUUUCUGCAUUAGACUGCAAAUGCUCGGUUGAUAAAAACCCCCUAAUCUUCGCAGCCAAAUGCUAUAAAUAGCAGCUAACUCCAAUAAUGUUAAUUUCAUAUUUAUUUAUAUAUAUAUUUAUUAGAGCUAUUCAAGAUGAAAGGUUUAGCAAGACUAGCUGUUGUUUUUGCUAUUUCUAAUGCUUUUUAUGUUCACGGAAAGUACUUCGAUGAGGAAUAUGCCAUAUUUGGUAAAUCAUCAAGAAUUACUAAUAAACGUGAAGAUGAUAACUCUGGAAAAGCUUGGGAAGACGAAAAAUGGGGUGGAGCUGCAUGGCCUGGUGUGCCAGAAAAUGGUUGGAAAGGAAAUGGUUGGGGUAGUCUGAGCUCUUCAGUACCUCUGAAUUCUACUACUGGUUGCGGAGGUUCAUCUUUGUUGGAGUCGACGCUACCAUCCUCUACUACUGAAUGUGAAACUAGCUCUUCAUUAGUAGAAGAAACUUCAUCUAAUAGUACAACUACCAUCACCAGUACCAUAUAUACUACUUUAACAUCAUCUAGUUCAUCAAAUCCUUCUUCGGCAAUUGAAACUACAUCUACUUCUUCUACUGAAAGCACAGUGACUACAAUUCAAACAACAGUCAUUACAAUAACUUCCUGUGGUACAUUAGGUCCUUGCACACCAGUAGUUGUUACUACAGGACUCACGACAGUGACUUUAGAAUCUACUGUAUAUACGACAUACUGUCCACUUACAGCUACUUCUGAAUCUCAAGCUCAAUCAACAACAGAAACUGUGACUUCUACUGAAACAGAGGUUACUACAGGAACUUCAACAAUAUCAGAAGAAACUACAGAAACAAUUACAGAUACAAGUACUAUUAUUGGAACUAUAACUACAGAAGAAACUCAAGUUGAAACUGAAACUGUUACUAUUAUUUCAUCAAUCACGUCAACUUUUGUGACUAUUACAGAAGUAGUUCCAUCAACCACUGUUGUUACCAUUACUACGUGUGAAGGAGAAGGAGGUUGUGCUAGUAUUGUUUUGACUACUGGAGUUACUACUGUAUCCAUUGAAACCACUAUUUAUACUACUUUCUGUCCAUUGACUACUAUAACACAAUCAGUUACUUUAGUCUCAACCCAAGAAGUUACCAGUGUUGUCACAAAUAUCAAAUCAAGUAUUGUGACUGUCACGUCUGAAGUAUACACCACAACUACAGGGGAAGUUAUUACGCAAACAUUUGAAACAGAAACAGAAACUGUGACGGAGACAGAAGCUACUGAAACGACUGAAAUAAUAACCACUGAAACAGUCGGUACAGAGACAGGCACAGAGACAGAGACUGUAGGUACAGAGACAGGUACAGAGACAGGUACAGAAACUGAGACUGAGACUGUAGGUACAGCAACAGCUACUGAAACAGGCACUGAGACUGGUACUGAAACUGAGACUGAGACUAUAGGUACAGCAACGGCUACUGAAACAGGUACUGAGACAGAGACAGAGACUGUAGGUACUGAGACUGGUACUGAAACAAUAGGAGCCGAAACAGGUACAACGACAGUAGGCACUGAAGUAACUAAUGGGCCCUCUACUGUCAUUAUAACGAUAACCAGCUGCGAAGAAGAAAGCUGCACUACAGCCUUGGUUACGACAGGUUUGACCACAAUCACCCAAGCAACCACCGUAUAUACAACAUAUUGUCCAUUGAGUAGUAUACCAACUGAAGCUCCAACAGAGGCCACCGAAGAAGCAGGAUCACCUGGAGAAACCCAAGUUGGAACUGCUACAACAGAACAAACAGAGAAUACAGAAGUAACACAACCUGCAGCCGGUGAAACAGGAGGACAGCCCAAUGAAUCAAUACUAUCUGCAAUAGAAGAAGAAUCGCCUGCUAAUGAAGCACCUAUACCGACAGAAGUUAAUUCUGUGGCGCAAACAGCAUCACCAACAGAAACUCAGAUAACCGAAGUAUACUCCACGGAAGAAUUGCCUUCAGUUGCUGAGCAAACAAGUCAAGAAACUGUUGCUGCAGAGUCAGUUUUGCCUCAAAUACCCCUUGAACCAAGUGUUCCACAAAUUGCUCAAGCAGUUCCUAACUUUAGAAUGACAUUAACUUCAUUAUUGCCCGUUUUAUCACUAAUUUUCUUUAUUUAAAUGAAUAAAUUAUUAUUCAUUAUUUUUCCAAAACAUUUUCGGUUGCAUUCUAUAU